UACAGUCAACAACUGGGCUGUGUCGAAUCUGCCGCAGCAGAAUGAGCAGGAAAGGCGAUGAAAGAGUCGUCUGUGUGAACUUAAAAAUAUGGCAGAAACCAUGAAAGUCAAGGCAACUAAAGAACAAAAAUAUGAUCGACAGCUCAGACUGUGGGGAGAUCAUGGUCAAGAAGCUCUGGAGAAUGCACAUGUCUGCUUAAUCAAUGCCUCGGCGACGGGAACAGAAAUAAUGAAGAAUUUAGUGCUUCCAGGUAUUGGAGCAUUUACCAUUGUGGAUGGACAUUCAGUUAGUGGAGAAGAUGUUGGAAAUAACUUCUUCCUAACUAAGACAUGCUUUGGUAAGAACAGAGCUUAUGCUGCCACAGAAUUGUUGCAGGAACUUAACAGUGAUGUGUCUGGUAAUUUUGUUGAAGAGAGUCCAGAAGAGCUCCUAGACAAUGAUCCAGAAUUUUUCCAACGAUUUAGUAUGGUAAUUGCGGUGCAGUUACCAGAAAGUACAUUGCUAAAAUUAUCUACGAUUUUGUGGAAUGCUGGAAUACCUCUCUUAGUCUGUCGGACAUAUGGGCUUGUUGGAUACAUGAGAUUAUUGACAAAGGAACACACUGUGGUAGAAUCUCAUCCAGAUAAUGCACUGGAAGAUUUACGAUUGGAUAAGCCGUUUACAUCUCUCAAAAAACACUUUCAGAGUUUUGAGUUGGAAAAUAUGGAUAAGAAGGAUCAUAGCCAUACACCAUGGAUAAUUGUGAUAGCAAAGUAUUUGGAAAAAUGGUUGAGUGAGAACAAUAACCAUCUUCCUAAGUUAUCUAAAGAGAAAGAGGCCUUUAAAGAACAAAUACGUCAAGGAAUCCGUAAAAGUGAGACUGGGGCACCAGAGGUUGAAGAAAAUUUUGAGGAAGCCAUUAAAAACGUAAACACAGCAUUGAACCCAACUAAGAUUUCAAGUGAAGUAGAAUCUAUUUUCAAUGAUGAACAGUGCUGCAAUCUCACAACACAGACUUCCUCAUUUUGGUUGCUUGCUCGAGCUGUGAAACAGUUUGUGGAAAAUGAAGGACAUGGCAACCUACCAGUUCGCGGCACAAUCCCAGACAUGAUAGCAGAUUCUGAUAAAUUCAUUAAACUCCAAAAUAUUUAUCGAGAAAAAGCAAAAGAAGAUGCUGCAGUUGUCUCUAAUUAUGUAGCAUCUUUACUACAGUCAGUUGGAAGGCCAUCAGAGAGCAUCUCUGAGCAAGAAAUAAGACUGUUUUGUAAGAAUGCUGCAUUUCUACGUGUUGUACGUUGCAGAUCACUUGCAGAAGAAUACAAUGCUGAAAAUGUAAAUAAAGAUGAAAUAUCAUCAUACAUGGAUAAUCCAGACAAUGAGAUGGUGUUGUAUUUAAUGUUGCGAGCUGUUGACAGGUUCUAUCAACAGCAUGGUCGAUACCCAGGAGUAUAUAAUUGUCAAGUUGAAGAUGAUAUUGGAAAACUAAAGUCCUGUGUUAAUAGCCUUCUGCAGGAAUACACUCUGAGUGUCAAUGUAAAAGACGAUUAUAUUCAUGAAUUCUGCCGAUAUGGUUCAGCAGAACCACACACUGUUGCUGCAUAUUUAGGAGGAGCAGCGGCACAGGAAGUUAUCAAAAUAAUAACCCAUCAGUUUGUUCCUUUUAACAAUACUUUCGUUUACAAUGCAAUGACACAGACAUCUGCCGUAUAUAGCUUAUAGUGCAAACUACACUUGAUGUAAAUGUUAUUAACCUUGUGUAAAAAUAUUAGAACAUAGCUGUUUAAAGUUUAUACUCUUUACUGUAUUAUAAUAAAAUGCUGACCUUUAA